AUGGAUGACCACGAUGCUUUGUUAAUUGCUCUCUUAGUUAUUGUGGUUAUUUUUCUUGGUUUAAUAAUUACAUUUAUUAUUUGUUGGCGUAUAAGAAAACGUCGGCAAUAUAAUGACUUCCGAAAUUCAUCAGCAUCAGAAGAAACGGGAUUAAUAACUCGUAUUUCUCAACCGCGUAUCGAGCGUGCCCAAGCACAAGAACGUGCCGCAUUAUUAACAUGUCAUUUUUAUAUUCGUACAGCAGGCGAAUAUACAUUUCAUUCUCAAUUAUAUCAACUUGGUUCUAAUCCAGAAAAAAGUUGGUUUCUUGUAACGCCAACAUCGAGAGCAAGUAGUGCACUAUCAACGGGCACGGCAUCACACCUUUUAACGAUUCAACCGAAAUCAGAUCGAUUAAAUUACUUAAACGAUGAAGAAAGUACAACAACCUAUUUUCGAACGUUAAAUAAUCUUUUUAGUCGUUUAUUUCAUCCCUAUGUUGAACCAAUUAUAAAAGUGGAUGCUUUAUAUACACAAAAAUCAGUUGUUACUGUUAAACAAUAUCAACGUUUAGGUUCAGUAAAAGAUAUUUUACAUGGCGUUGUACCAACAGCUAAGUUUAAUGGUAAAUAUUCUUAUCGAAGUUCAGGUUUAUCACUUGAACGUGUUCGUUUAUAUUCUCGUCAAUUAAUUGAAGGUCUUCUCUUUCUACAAUCAAAAUCUAUGCCACCUAUUGUAGAUUUACAUAGUGGAAAUAUAAUGGUAUUAGGACCAAGCAUUCAAAUAGGUUCAUAUGAAAAUCAAUUUUUAGAACAACGUACACGAAUUUAUUCAUUAGUCAAACGUGCAACAUCGUCGUUAAUACUUCCUGAUGGUAUGACACGAGCACAAGCAUGUGAAGUAUUUUGUUUUGGUGGCGUUCUCUUUGAAAUGAUAGCUGGAUAUGAAUUAGGUGAACAAUUACGUGGUUUAACACCAAAACAUUGGCAUGAUUGUGGAAGAGAUCCAGAUGCAAGGCAAAUGUUAACGCGUCUAUUUGAUAUAGCGCAGCCAGUGUUAACUCUAGCAGAAAUACGACAAUUACCGUAUUUUUCAAAAAAUACAAUAGAACUUAAAGAAUUACGAAACUUUACGCCGAUGCCAGGCGAAUAUUCUAAUGAUGUCAAAAUUCUACUUGAACAAUGGACAAAUACAAUGCGAAAGAAGCGAAAUCCAUCUAUGAAAACAUCGAUAGCAGAAAAACGAAAGAAUUCAGCUGCACCAAAACAAAUGGAAACAUCAAUCAUAAAUUUAAGUUACACACCAACUGCUACUUCUUCAUCAUCAUUAACAACAACAAGUUCAAAACCUUCAGCGCAAUUGUCAUCACCAAUAACACCGCCUGUAUCACAGCAAACCAUGGCUACUCCCCCUCCACCACCACCACCACCACCACCACCACCGCCGCCACCUCCUCCUUCAAUUCCUCCGCCAUCUUCGGGUGGUGGUGAUGAUCGUUCAGCCCUUCUAGAAAAUAUUCGUCUUGGAACAAAACUGAAAAAAACAGUUACCGUUGACAAAAGUAAACCGAAACUUAAAUAA